AUGAUACGUGUCCUGCGGGAGCGGGCGGCCAGGGCCGUCCGUGCGCUGCGGCUCGCGGGCUGCGCCUCCCGAGGCCUUCACCCGCCGCCCGGUGGCCGGGCUCGGCCCGCGUCCCAGAGGGAGGAGGACGACGACCCCGACCUCCCCGUGCAGUUUUCCUGCAGCAAGGCCAAUCCGACCCGCUGGACGGUGGGGCAUUCCGUGGGAAAGGAGUGCCGGCGGCCCUGGUGGAAAGUGGCGUCUCUCAGCGUCUCCCUCACGGCCCUGGUCAUCUGGUGCUACCUGAGGCAGGGGAGCGACGCCGACCGGUGGUUGAGACGCGUGUUGGAAGAGGAGGUGACAGAGCCCGGUGAUGGUUCACAGGAGCCCGAAACCCCGGCUUCCUACGGGGCUAGAACUUAACGGGGUGCCCGCUGGGG